GUCGGCCUCUGGCGGCUUGGUGGUGCGGACGAGCGUCGGUUGUUGCCGUCAUCGUUGCGUGUGCGGGCGCGCGUGUUUGUGUGUUCAAAGCGAGAAAUACGCGUAGUAGUAGGGGGGCGUGCGGCCCUGUUUUUCCAGACGUCUGCGCGAGCAGACGCGAAUGUCGCGUCGUGGCGCACGGUCGUCGUCUGUCACGUACCUGACACAAAAGAAUAUCGUCGGGCAACAGGUCGUCUGCUGCCCGCUCGACGUCCCGAAGCGUGCACUAGAGCGACCGCUGCUCGCUUGACGUGUUGAAGUGCACCAGUUCCGUCUGUCACAUGCCCGACGUGUUGAAGAAGUGUGCACCAGUUCGUCUGUUACUCACUUGAACGCGUUGAAGAAGUUUGUGCCUUAACUUCUGUUCAUCGCUUAAAGGUGUUGGUGAAGAAGGUUACACCUUAUCGUCUGUCACUUGUUUCACGUUUUGAAGAAGCUGGCGCCAGGUCGUCUGUCGCUCGCCUGACGCACCUCGCUGGAACUUGUUGAAGAAGUGUGCACCAGAACGUCUGCUGCUGGCCUUAUAUAUAUUGAAAGGGUGCACCGUAUUGUCGUCUGCUUUCUUGACGUCUCGAAGGGUGCUGGUAGCGGCGGCGGUGUGUGCAGUGAACUUGUCUGAUUAGCCGUUGUGUUGACUUGGGAACUAAACCUCCCUGCGUACUUCGAAAGCUCUUAUAUCCCCUGCCUGUCUUCACGUGAUCGACUCGGAGGCUCGACAUCAGCGCGAAAAUCGAGGGCUUUGUUCUUUUGUCUUCGCGGCCAUCUCUUGGCGUUCGUUUCCCGCGCCAAGAAAAGAAGGGGGCCGUAGUUUAGUCUGCACUCGGUCGGUCCUCGUCGUCAGCCCAGUCUGGUGCUUCAUCGUGGCACAGCCCCACCAUCGUCAUGAGGAUUAACGGCCACAAGGAGGUUCGCUUCCAGGACAGCUGCGACGAAGGCGGCGGAGGAGGCGUCAGCCAGGAGCAGACGAUGCGUGAAGACGAGGACAUGCUGAAUCAUGACGAGCUGUCCCUUCAGGAACGGGUCAGCGACCUCGAGAAGAAGAGCCUCGAGCAGGCGGACGAGAUCACCUGCCUGCGAAGCACCAUAGCCGACCUGCUCAGGCGAAUCAACCAGCUCGAGGGAAGGGAUGCUCCGGUCAUCACGAAUUCGAACAGCCAUGCCACAACGCCAACGAAGGUGUCGCCGUCCUUGCCUCAGCAUCCAGCUGCCGUCCAGAAUCGCCACACGUUUCACAGACAGGCGAGCAACAGUUCUACGUCGUCAUACACAGACGGGGUGACACCGCACAAUGGCAACCACCACCCGACGCACACUUCUCCGGGAGUGGCACCUCAGCGCCGACUCAGCUACUUUCCUACCGCCUCUACCAGCUCACUUCACAGUGAGGGUGGCCAGAGCUCGACGUCGGCAUCGCCUGUCCCAUCUCCUGCGCCCUCGUCGUACCGUAGUUCCCCGUCUCCACGGCAAACGCCCUCUCCGAAUCGCCAUAUUUCGGCCUCCACCUCCAACCUGUCCGCCAUGAAGCGGUGGAGCAGUAGCUGCAGCAGCCAAGACUUUGCCACGGCAAACAGACGCAUUGUAAGUGGUUCCAUGUACAAUCUGCCCAUGCGGUCUUCCUCGGGGACUCUCUAUAGACAUGGCACAAGAGAAGCCCAGCUCAAUACAGAGGACGGGACUGUGCGAAUGUACCUACGUGGUCGACCCAUUGUGAUGCACAUUCCGAGCGAGCAACUUCACGACUAUAGCCUUAUGAAGGUCAACAGUGCACCAUCACAGAGGCUCAAGCUGGAGUGGGUCUACGGCUAUCGAGGCCGCGAUUGUCGGGCCAACCUGUUCCUCCUGCCCACGGGAGAGAUGGUGUACUUCAUAGCGGCCGUUGUGGUCCUCUACAACGUCGAGGAGCAGAUUCAGCGGCACUACCUGGGACACACAGACGACAUCAAGUGCCUUGCAGUUCACCCAAACAAGCUCCUGAUCGCAACAGGUCAGGUGGCAAGUAUAGACAGGCGAGAGAGGAAGCCACGUGUCAUCAGCCGGCCCCACGUCAGGAUAUGGGACUCGGUCAGCCUCAACACGUUGCACGUCAUCGGAGUUGGCGACUUUGAGCGAGCGGUCAGCUGCAUUGCAUUCUCCAAAAUGGAUGGUGGCUCCAUCCUGUGUGCAGUGGACGACUCGAACGAACACACCAUCUCCCUAUGGGACUGGCAACGGGGAGAGAAAGGUGUCAAGAUUACAGAGACUAAGAGUGCCUCAGAUGCAGUUCUGGCCGUGGAGUUCCACCCGAUGGACCGGCACACCCUGGUGACGCUUGGCAAAGGCCACAUCCACUUUUGGGACAUGGAGGGUGGAACGCUCGCCAAGAAGCUCGGAAUCUUUGAGAAGGAUGGUCCAGGAAGUGGUGAUACUACUGUCACAAGCAGAUACCUGGUGAAGAGCAACAAGCCCAAGUACGUCCUCUGCAUGACCUUCACCGAGCUUGGCGAGCUGCUAACCGGUGACUCCAACGGAAACAUCAUGGUCUGGCAAAGGGGCUCCAACAAGGUGUGCCGGACUGUAGUGGGUGCCCAUGACGGUCCACUGUUCUCCAUCUGCGCCAUGAAGGAUGGCACGAUAGUCACGGGUGGUGCGAAAGACCGCAAGGUGGUCCAGUGGGACUCCAGCCUCACAAGGACGGGACAGGAGGCCAAGCUUCCAGACAUGGCUGGUGGGAUUCGAACCCUCGCCCAGGGCAAAGGCAGCAUGCUGCUCAUCGGGACGACCCGCAACUCGAUUCUCCAGGGGACAUUCAGCCUCAACUUCUCCACUGUAGUGCAGGGCCACACGGAAGAGAUAUGGGCACUGGCGGUUCAUCCAACACAGAACCAGUUUGUGACAGGCGGCUACGACUGCCAGGUGCAUCUGUGGGACACCCUGUCGCACUCGGUUGUCUGGAGUCGUGACCUGGGCGAACAGGCACAGGCUGCAUGCUUCUCACCUGACGGAAGUGUUCUGGUGCUCACAACGCGGACGGGUCGGUGGAGCGUCAUCGACUCAUCGACGCGGCAGCUAUACUCGAUGCACAGCGACGGCACCGAACCCAUCGACGCCGUCGCAUUCUCGCCAAAUGGCCAGCUCCUUGCCCUUGGCUCGCGCGACAGCUUCAUCUACGUGUACCAAGUCAGCGAAGAAGGCCGCAAGUACAAUCGCAUCAGCAGGUGUUCGGGCCACUCGAGUUUUGUCAUUCAUCUGGACUGGGCAGUUGAUAGCACGUACCUGAGGUCGUGUUCUGGUGACUACGAGCUCCUCUACUGGAAUGCCUUGGUUUGUCGGCAAGUCACCAACAUGUCCAUCACUCGAGACCUCAAGUGGCACACGCAGACGUGCACCAUUGGCUUCAGCGUCUAUGGUAUCUGGCCUGAGAAUGCUGAUGGAACAGACAUAAACACGUGCUCUCGUUCUCACUCGGGCCGACUACUCGCCACCGGUGAUGACUUCGGCAAAGUCAGGCUGUUCUCCUACCCUGCAUCACUGCCCAAGUGCCUGAGCCACAUGUACGGCGGCCACAGCAGUCACGUGACUGCGGUGGACUUCCUCCCCGACGACAACCGGCUCAUCUCCCUGGGUGGGCGGGACUGUGCCGUUCUCCAGUGGGCCGUCGUCUGAAAUAGCAGCUUGCACAGAAAGGAAAAGGGGUCGUCGUGCCCCACGCUUCAAAGUCACGUGACAAGGAGUUGCAACUCUUCAUCCAGGACGACGCAGUACGACAUGUAAAAAGUGACAAAGAGCUAUUUCGAAAGAUUUUGCUCGUGUAGAUUGUGCUGACCAGUGUUCCAAGGUGUCGGCGCAUCGGAAUUUUCUGUUGGCAACAAAGAUGUUGAUGGUGGCCCAAAGAGCGUUCCAAGGGUGGCUACAAAAGGCGCUUCGGUUGUCAUGUGUAUGUUCACAGCCUGUGAUUGUCAGUCGUUGGAGUGUUGUCGUGACCGCCUUUUGCAUCGUGUGCCUCGGGUCUGCAAUUGGGUCGGCAGUCAGUGUAGGCGAACGUGCAAGGGUGCUUUGAGAAGCUUACCGUGCAAGAACCGCGCAAAUGUGCCUCAAAAUUUACGACUGAAAAAGUAGUCUUUUUUUUAUCUCCCGCUGCCACUGAUUGCUGGUCCCGAGUGAAAUUAGCUUAUACACGUUACAGGCUGCUUGUGCAAACAGUUGUUUCUUCAGUUAUUAGACGUCAACGCACAGCUCAGCUUUUUACACAAAAGCAAAUGUAGGUGCAUUUGGAAAAAUCAUAUCUGUAUGCUGAUCGGGUUAAUGGUGGUAAUCGUCAGUGGAGUUGUUUUUAGCUACUUCAGUGAUUGUGACAACACUUUUUUUUUUGUAAUCGUUAUAUCGACACUCGAUAUGCAGUCGUAAGCAUCGACCGCAACUGUCGUCUGUUCUGGCAAGAAGAGGUAGACCCAGUUGUUUUACCUUUUGUGCAGCUGUGGUUGUUUGUAACGGAGCGUCAGUGUAUCAUUGUCAGGAUUUAACUGCACACUGCCCACUGGAUCAUUGUAAAGUGUGUUUCAAAUCGCAGUUCAAGUUGCAUGUUUUUUGUUUGUGAGUUCAUUUUUCAACACGCCUCGUCCCAUCUGCAUUUGAGCAUGAUUUCCCGUUUCGUUCUAAGUUUGACGAGAUUGUUACCUGGCAAUCGCAUCGCCAUGCAUCGUUGUUCCAGACCGUCUGUUUAAGUUCCUCUGCUAAUUGUGUCCAAAGUUUUAUUUCUUCUCCUUUAAUCAAAUCUAAGCACAAGGACAGUGAAAUGUGAUUGUGAUGAUCACUAAUCAUCUAUCACUUAUCACCUGAGAAUCAUCAUCUGAUCGCUUCAUGCUGAUCUAAGCUUGGUGCUGAAUACAUGCCUCGGCUACCAGGACUAUGCGAAGUUCUCGCAUGCUUUGCUCUGCGUGGGUAAUCAUAGUUCACUUUUUCUUUCUUUUGAUGGGCAGGUCUGGCUUGUGUUUCAUAAGUGAAGGCUCUCUUUCAAUAGUGUGUACUUUCGUCAUUAUGCGUAGCUGUUUUUAAGUGACUACAUUUUUCAUAGAUGAAUCUAGGUCUAAUGAUAUUAGAUAUAACUUUCAUCUGACUGUGCUUUACAUUUUUUCUCAAUUGGUCAUUUGUUUGGAGCCAGCAAUGACAUAUUUGUGCAAUUUCAAUUCAACCAGCCUCUCUCCUUUCAUGCGUGGUGUUAUGAUACGCUGGAAGUUGAUAGCUGGAAGUUGAUGCUUUACGAAGUUGUGAUUGUGUGAUACUUUCAAAUUUUUGCACUUCAUGGGGCAAAGUUUAAUACGAAUUACUUUGUCUGCUCUCGCAGCAUCUCUUGCCCUGUUCAUUUAGUUCCAUUGCUUGGUACAGUACCGUUGUAGAUUUCGAGAAACUGCCAUGAAAGAAAGCUUUUGUUGGCUUUGGAUUUGGCUAUCGACAUUUUUGUGGUCUGCAGUUUUAGUGGGAGGGAGGAAGGACUGUGAUCUGACCCUUCAAAUUUGAGACGUUGCUGUAUGAGAUGACACAGAUGCUUUGUAAAACCAUCCACGUCGGCAACGUUGCACCGCAGUCUAUUUUCGACUUGGAGUGUGCCUGUUGACUUGAGCUCAGUGUGUGAUAUAUACGUCAAAAAAAAAAAAAAAAAAAAAAGACGUGGGAUUAACGGCAAAAGGGGAGGCAUGAGAAAGUGUUUAUGAUGAUUCAGGUUGAGACCGCUUUCUCAGAGUCUGCAAUACGUGCGUUAGAUGCGCGUAGAUUGCUCUGCACAGUUCCGGUGGUUACCAUUGCAGCUGUGGUGCCGUAAUUAUGGCGCUUCUUAUUUGCUGUCUGGCUGAAAAAAAAUUCAGGGACAUCAGGUAUGCAAAGUGUUUGUUGUGUUAGCUAUUGCAACACUGUCACAAUCAGUGUGAAUCAUUUUUGUGUGUGACACGGACAUAUCACGGUUUAGUUGAAAAAGUGGUUCACCUGUGUGUAGCGCGUCGGUGCGCAGUGUUUCUCACACCUUGCAUGUUGUGUUUGUAACUUGCGGGCGCUUUGCUACAUAUUUGACGGAUAGAUUGUAUUGAUGGCACAGAUUCAUUCCCGGUGGAAGCUUUGAAUGAUAUGUUGGAACAGCAUUUUUAGUGCCACAAUCAAGCAUUGCACAAAAGCUGCGAGGGUAUGCACAAGAAGCAUCCACUUCGGUUAAAUUUUUGGUAAGAUAUUCAUCUUUCAUGGCUGUAUAGUCAAGCAGCAGACACUUUCAAUGCAAGUUAUGAUAAUUUCGGCUACAUUAGAAAAUAUUUGACUUGCUGCUAACAACUGUACACUCCUGUAUUGCAGUAAUUUCUUAUUAUAGUGAUAGUUCUGGAUCAUUAUAUUCAUACUUUUUCAGCUAAGCCUGUGUCUUCACUACCCACUAGUGCUUUAAUAUCUUCAGCGAAACAUUUUGGCAAUAUCAAAAUAUUUUUUGUGAUGAGGUGUCUUUGAAUUUUCUUGCUUGUUUGGCUUAGUAGGAGAAUGAGUACACUCAAGCUAUUUUUCUAGCGUUUUUAUAGAAGUUGUUCUGAGGCCUGAAAUGAGUGAAGUUAUGUUGCUGAUUUUUCGGUGCUUGUAUUUUUUUUUGUGCAGAUUUUUUUAACGAGGCUGUUUGAGUAUAUAGCUAGGAGUGUGGGAAUCAUUCAGAUCAUCAGAGAUUUUUAUUGUUGACAUGUACGGAAUGUGGAACAGGUAUUUCUUGCUAAACGUGUCGCAUUUAUUUUACUACGUUCAGAUUGUGUAUACCCCGAGUACUGACUCCUCUAAGUAGCGUGAUUGAAGUUGUCUGAAACAAAAUGUUUGCCAGAGAGCCUUUUUCAUGGACUUUGUUUUUCUUGUUAUUUUGAUUCCCGCUGCUCUUGGCAGACGUUGUGUAGCAUGUACAGCGAGAUUGCUUCAAAGUUUAAUUGCAAUUUGACAGCUCAGCCCCCAUGGCAUGAAGAAAGGUUACAUUGUUGUUAUGCUUUAAUUAUAAUCAACUCAAGUAGGUUACAAUCCUGGUGUAUUCAUUAAUUGCAUUGCAUGCCCAUGCACAGCUGUCCAAAUUUAUUUGUUCCUUCAAUCAAAACAGCCUGGUCUAAAUGAAUGCGAGGCGAAUCGAGCAAUACUCUGUGAGCUUUUCUACAGCAAAGUGCAUCAAACGUGCUUGUAUACCGGUGUUUGUUAGUGUUUUUCAAAUGCGUACAUACUUUUUUGACGUGAUUCACUGGUAAGCUAUGGUCAAACCAUUUCUGGCAGCAGGUCUGUUACUUGCCGGUCCACAUUGAAUAGACAUCUGUAACGUCAGUUCAUCGUCACAUAACAAGAUAUUGUUUGUCCAACUGGUCAAAGACUAAGUGCCGAGUACGAGGCGGUGUAUUAUGCGGUGUAAAUGAUAUGCUCUAAUUAACUCGCAUGUGUCUUGCGUCUGCUGUUAUUUUUUAUCGCUUCGACAGUGAAUUAUAAGUUUGCAGCUGUUUAAGGUUCUACGCUUACUCUUUGAAGUUGAAGAAUGUUGUUUUUUUUAGCGGUAUUUACAUUUGUUGCGAUGUUUUAUGAAGUACUUGGUUGUUUUGUGUUGCACGGUGCGUUAUGACUGUUGUCCGAUUUAUACGCCUAGUGUUUUUCAUUUUUCACAGUUAUGUAUCACUCUUUUAUUUCAUAGCAUCAUAAGUGCACGUAAUUGUGUAGUUGUUUACCUGUAAAGGUAAAUUUCAAGUUUUGUAAAAUUGGUACGUCUCCACACUUGCCAACUAACAAAUCAGGAAGGCUUUCUUCACAAUUUUAGAGGAUGCAGUUAACACUGGUCCUCAAAAAUAAAUUCCUGCAGGGUGCAGCUGUUUAUUUUUCUGCUUUAAAAUUGUAUUGAAGAAGCAUUCUUGUGACUAUACUGAUGUUCACCAGACAGUUGAGAGGUUUUGUGUAGAACUGUGCGUGUGAGCGUGCGAAGCAUGUUUGUGAUUGUACAUGUGGUGGGUUUAGGAUUGUACAAGGAGGAUUGUACACAUGGAGGGCGUUUUGAUUAAUUAUAUUGUGUCCGUUAUUGUACGUUCAGGGUACUUGCAGAACACUUCCUGCUGCAUUCAAAAAUGCACUCAGCUGUAUUGUAUCUCUCAUAUGUGCUGAAUGGGUGGAGGAAUACGUAUGCAUAACGAGUGAGUCGUGCGUGAACAAACCUCCAAAUUGAAAUUCUAAAAUGCGAGGAGGAGAUAAUAAUUGGAUAUAAUUGAAUGUGGACUCUUUCUGUAGGCAAAAAGGCAGAGGUGCUUAUCAGCCCAUGACACUGCGUGAAGUUUUGUAAUCAGAGACCUUCCUACAGAGCAAGUCGAGGCGUUUUACUGAACUACAGUCAGUACUUUAUCAAUGCUAACUACCGUGCAGCCCAACAACGUAAAAGCGUUAGUGGCAUUCGUUAAUCUUGAGAUGCAAACACUGUCAGGCUAACUGCUUUGGUAGCUUUUAGAUGUUAUUAUUGAAUGCAAUUAUGCAUGUGGAGUGUGGUUUUUCUCUGAGGUCAUUUUAUUUCUUGAUCUUUUUGAGAAAGAGGGUCUUUUUCACAUCAAGUGCUUCAGCAGCUCCUUGCUCAACGUUGCAGCUCGAAGCAUCCCGAGCGCACAGUCGCCUGAAUUGCACCACAUCGUCCACUGAAGUGUUUCUCUUUUUCGAUAACGUGUAACUCAAUUGUGAGUCAUGUCCAUAACUGGCAUCUUCACAUGAAUGUCUCGAGACACAGUCCACAUGUAUGAUGUAACAUGCAGCACAAGUUAUGUACAGCACACGAGAGAAGAGAGGUCAUGUGAAGGCUGCUUGCGGCCGAUCAUUUCAUCUGUCACAACGUCACUGUAGCCUUCGAUAUAUUUUUUUCACGCCUACGUGGUACGAGCGAAGGUGCGUAGUUCACUGCGUACAUUAUGGCUUGCUACAAUUGUGGGGGUGUGAUCCUUGGUCAGGUUUAGAAAUGUGUAGGCCCAAGUGCAUUCCCUUCAUCGCACUGUCUUUUUUUUUUCUUUACUUCUGUAGAUUUAAGGUGUGCGUACAAAGGCUAUUGCGACACCAUAAUAUUGUAAUAUUCUUUUUCUUUUUUUGUCUGAGGGUUGAACGAGAGCUGGAAUCAAGGAAGGAAAUUCUGAAGUUUGAGACAAGAGUAGCUUUCUAUCGUACAGUUAGUUUGAACUGCUUAAAAGUGUAUAUAAAGAGUUAGUGUGACAGUUUUUCUUGAAGUAGGAAAGAAAGUUUUACAGACAUCUCUUGAGUUUUGAGCGAUUCACACAGCAUCUCACUGAAUUUAAUUGUCUAUCACUGUGAGUCAGUGAUCAACAUAUUCAUAAUCCAAUUCUACAAGUUUUUCUAAAGCUAUUAUAGAAGAGUUUGUAAAAUUGUGUCAAAAAGUUUUCUUCAGUGUUGUCUUAUAUUUUGCACUAUUCCUGGGAGCAUCGCAAACCUAUGUACACUUUCACAGUGUCUGCGAAUGUUUCCUAACCGAACUCUCCCAUUAUUGUUGUUCUGUAUGCUUUCGCUAUUACUUCUAAAGAGAAAGAAAUGCCGUUAAGCUCAUCAUUUUCGUGCAGAUAAUGCAAAAACAUGAGAAAUUAUGAGGAUCCAUUUUAUGUCCAUUUUGUGAGCAUGUGUCUACUCAUUGCAAAGUGAAACUACCAUUCACAGCUCACUGCAUCCAUUAGCAUGGUGCGCAGACAGCUUUCGUUUUCGUACGCACAUGCCAGUGUGUUGGGCACAUCACCAUCAUAAUGUUACUUUUUAAUUUUUUUUUAGGUUGAAUAUAUAGCACUUGCAAAUAACCGGUAGCGAUAAUAUAUACAACAGGAGCAUCAUUGUGCACCCUGAAAUGUCUUUGAGCUCGGAGCGGUGAAAGUUAUUGUCGCACACGAGGGCUGCCGCAAUAUGACGAAAAGUUUUUCUGUGCGCAGCUAGGCAUUCGUCCUGCAUAACGCGUCGUCCAUAUACUUCUUUGCCAACACGGAUGAUCCUCCGAGCCUCGUGUGGAUUUGGAGCCGCGAUUGAAGUGUGACCGCCAUGGACUGGCGAUAUUUAUUAUGUAUCUGCUUUGAGUGAAAGCUGCCAUCGUUGCUUCUCUCUCUGUAAAUAACUAAUAAAAGUGCACAUCUUCUAUGCUC